CAUACAAAUAUACACGAGCGGUUCCUUGUUUUGGUCUGUUACGGCAUCGCAAAAAGAGAAAACUCAGCGAGUUUUGGAGGAACUUAUGCAGCGGUUCAAACGGACUUGGUACGUUUCCGUUGUAAAUAACGGUCAGAUGCACACUUUGCGUCGGUGCUUUGUGUAAUUGCACUUUUGGGGUUUUUGCAGACAACGCUUUGAUCUCUCGGGUAAAUGGGGUCGUGCGCUGCUGACUGCGCUUGUUUUGAUAAUGCAUUCGGAUCUCCGGACUGAAAAGGACACUGUUUUGUAAUUUUUGCUGUUUUGUGUUUAAACUUGGUGCUCCCCGGUACUUGCAAUAUUUUUGAGGAUGUCCGAUGGAUUAUUUAAACUUAGUUGUAACAAUGUAAUGCUGCUGAAAAAAUAUCUAGUGUACUACUGUAUCGAUGAACUGUUAUAAUUGAAGCUCUUGACGGAGUGCACAAUUGUGACCUGUUUAAAGUGCUAUUUUUCUAAAUGGAACUAUUUUUGUCUCCGCGCUCACAUUUGGCGAAGAUUACAUGCAUACGGCUUUGACUUUAGAUCCUGCAGUUUUUCUAUAAUUAAUUUUUUAUACCAUGGCAAGCCCCACCACGGAGCAAGGAUGUUUUUCAGACGUGAAGAAGGUGGGUUAUUUAAGGAAACCCAAAAGCAUGCACAAAAGGUUUUUUGUACUGAGGGCGGCGAGCGCCUCCGGGCCGUCCCGACUGGAGUACUAUGAAAACGAGAAGAAGUGGAGACAUAAAUCUGGAGCACCGAAAAGGUCCAUUCCGCUGGAGAACUGCUUUAACAUCAACAAAAGAGCGGAUUCUAAAAACAAACAUCUCGUCGCGCUUUAUACCAAGGAUGAGUACUUCGCCAUCGCUGCUGACAGCGAGGUAGAGCAGGAGUCGUGGUAUCAAACCUUGGUUGAUCUUCAUAACAGAGGUAAGGUCCACGAAACUGCCGCGGCCAGCGGAGUUGGCGAGGAUAAUUACGGCGAAGCCACGCCGGGACCUGCCUUCAAAGAGGUUUGGCAGGUUAUUUUGAAACCAAAGGGUCUGGGUCACACAAAGAACUUGAUUGGUGUUUACAGAUUAUGCCUCACCAAUAAGACUAUCAGUUUUGUGAAACUCAAUUCUGAUGCGGCAGCUGUGGUCCUGCAGUUAAUGAACAUUAGAAGAUGUGGUCACUCUGAAAAUUUCUUUUUCAUUGAAGUCGGGAGAUCGGCUGUGACGGGGCCCGGGGAGUUUUGGAUGCAAGUGGACGACUCCGUUGUGGCUCAGAACAUGCAUGAAACUCUAUUAGAAGCCAUGAAAGCCAUGAGUGAGGAGUUCAGACCCCGCAGCAAAAGUCAGUCAUCUUCCAACUGCUCAAACCCCAUCUCAGUGCCUGUCAGGAGGCAUCAUAACAACAAUCCUCCCCCAAGUCAAGUUGGCUUGGGCAGGCGCUCUCGGGCAGAGAGUGUGACGACCACUUCUCCUGUUAGACCUGGCAAACACAGCCAUUCGUUCAGAGUGAGAGCGUCCAGUGAUGGGGAGGGCACCAUGUCCAGGCCGGCGUCUGUGGAUGGGAGUCCAAGCAGUCCGAGCACAGCCCGACCUCAAUCGCAGCGACACAGGGGUGGAUCCUCCAGACUUCACCCGCCACUCAAUCACAGCAGAUCAAUCCCCACGCCCACCUCACGGUGCUCCCCCUCAGCCAUCAGCCCUGUCAGCCUGUCUUCCAGCAGCACCAGCGGCCAUGGAUCCACAUCUGACUGCCUCUUUCCACGCCGCUCUAGCGCCUCCAUAUCUGGAUCGCCCAGUGAUGGCGGAUUCAUCUCCUCGGAUGAAUAUGGAUCCAGCCCAUGUGACUUUCGAAGCUCCUUCCGUAGUGUGACUCCAGACUCGCUUGGCCACACGCCGCCUGCAAGAGAGGAGGAGAUAAACAAUUACAUCUGCAUGGCCAAGCCUGGUUCACUUCCUGGUGCCGGGAGCCAAUCGCGAAGCCAAUCCAGGGAAACACCAUCAAGACUGGAUGAGCCCGAGCUGGAGAAAUGUUUCCGGAAGAGAACGCAUUCUUCUGGUGCAUCACCGCCAACUCCGUGCCAUCAAAAAACUCCCUCACAAUCAUCUGCUACUUCUCUGGAGGAAUAUACUGUAAUGAUGCCCACAUACUCAAGAAGCCGCUCUGCAUCGUCAUCAUCGUCAACAUACAGGCACUUCUUUAUGCCAACACAUUCAUACCCAGAGGAAAGUAUAGACACUCCACAAGCUAAAGACCACAGUAGACCAGAUCACAAAGAUGACGGAUACAUGCCCAUGCUGCCUGGAGUUGCGCCUGCGACCCCAAUGGCGAAGUGCAGUGACUACAUGCCCAUGAGUCCAAAAAGUGUGUCUGCACCACAGCAAAUUAUCAACCCCCGGCAACACUCGCAUGUUGACUCUAAUGGUUACAUGAUGAUGUCACCAAGUGGCAGCUGCUCUCCAGAUGGCACAACAAACUAUGGCAAGAUCUGGACUAAUGGCGUCAACCCUAAGCUCUCCAUAGAGAGCAUGGAAGGUAAAGUGUCAUCUUGUGGAGAUUACAUAAACAUGUCCCCGGCUAGUUGUUCAACGACCAGCACGCCUCCAGACUGUUUUUUCAACCCUGUAGAAGAUCCUCCCAGGCCAAUGUAUGCUUACUUCUCUUUGCCCCGCUCCUUCAAACACGCCAACAGAAAGCAGGAUCAGAGCCCUCUUCGGAUAUCACUGGGCUCAAGUCGAUUGGCGUAUGCCGACUCUUCCUCGUCUUCAGCAAGCAGCGACAGCUUGGGUGGUCAAGGCAAAUCGCAGCAGUCUGCUGUCAAACCCAAAAGGACAGAGGGCAACGGGAGGCUGACACGUCCGACACGGCUGUCACUGGACGCUAGCAAAGCAAGUACUCUUCCACGAACACGUGAGAGUCCCUUCCCCACAGAGCCCAAAAGUCCUGGCGAGUAUGUCAACAUUGAAUUCAACAGCAAGGCGUUUUCGGCGAGCUUGGCAUCAUUGGAAGUGGAUGCUGAGGCCCCAUCAGAUCUUUCAUCAUCGGAGUACAUGAACAUGCAGUUGGGGUCGAGGCAAGCUGGGCGUUUGUGCCCAGAAAUGCAGAUUUCCACUUCCGGUUCGGACUAUGCCAUAAUCACUCCAUCAAACUCUGUAUCCUCCCCUCCACUGCCCUGUGAGAGCAUAUGUAGCCGUGACUAUAUCAGCAUGCAAUUAUCAUCCUGCACUAGCUUUCCAGAUGCUCGAAUGAUGCUGAUGACCGAGGCCUUGCCGGAUGCAGAUGAUGCCCCUCCUUGUUCUGUAUCACCCAAUCAUGAUGUGACUACAUUAAGUGGUGUUCCAGGAAGACAAGCUCUGAUCGGCCCCUUGUCAGGUCUAAGUGCAUUCACACGAGUAAACUCCACUUCUGGGUGGAACCAAGGGGCUAAAGUAAUCCGGGCUGACCCACAGGGUCGACGACGACACAGUUCAGAAACUUUUGCUUCUACUGCAACCAGAGGGACAGUUGACACGUCGGCCACCUGUCAAUCAGGUGAUGUGAAGCGCCACAGCUCCGCCUCUUUCGAGAAUGUGUGGUUAAGACCCGGUGAGGCCUCUGCUGCUUCUGCCGGUCCACCUGCAUCUACAGUAACCAAUGGACGAAGGGAAAACACUUCAGGCCCAAUUCCCACAUUAACAAACCAUGACCAGAACGGCCUGAAUUACAUCGAUCUGGAUCUGGUGCAGAAUGGAGAGCAGCAUGUUCCAGACUGGAAUGCGUUCCAAUCUCGGCCAGUGGAGCUGGGAGCUGUCGAAGGCAUAGAAGAGCUCAGUGCCUACGCCAGUAUAAACUUCCCGAAAUCAGAUGAGACCAGAGGGAAUCUCACAAGCAGAGAAGAAUGAAGAGUAGAAAGCCGCCGUUUCUUCAGCAUCAAGACUCAAAAUCUCUCCCCGUUCACCACAAGCCGGACCUCAGAAAACUGGACCUCAGUAAACUCACUAACCUCAUUUUCCAGAACCACAUUAUCACCCGGACGCUACCAAAACCAUAUGGACAAAACAGACCUCAUAACAUCACAUAUCCAGACCUCACAAAUGCUGGAUUCCACUAACCAUAAAUCUGUCACAACCGGACUUUCACUGUGCGCACCUCUUCAGACAUUACUGUCCAACUCGGUACAAAUCGAUUUCUACCAUCAAAUGUGGUAAAACAGCACCUUUUGAGGUAAAGGGCAAUGGUACUGCAGUAGUAGUUGUAGUUUUUCAAGCAAUGUUACAUUAAUAAUAUUUAUGUAAAUGAUGGUACCUAACUAGUACCCAAUGUACAACAAUUUUGGUACGGGGAUGCUUUACGAAGCAGCCAUAUUGUUUUGGGUUUGUACGACAGUCCCCAACAGUGUUGAUUGUUCCCAUUUCCUUCAGUACUGCCAGAUAUUUCAAUUACAUAUGGGGUUCCACGUUUUUAUACAGAUCUCAAUUAGACUUUUUUUUUAUACACCCAGUACGAACAACCUCAAUCACCCCGACCUCACCUCAGGAUUUUUGAAAGAGUUUACACACACACUGUGUUUCAGCACUGUGAGCCAUGACUGACCUCAUGCUGCCAAACACACACUGUGAUGUCUGUCAAACCCAUGUUUCAUUUCAUACUUGGUCACAUUACAGCCCGUCCAAUUGUAAUAAUAAGCAUGGAUCUCAUGGAGUUUAUAUUGGCCUCCAAACAGAACUACACCCCCAAUAUUUUUUAUUUUUUAUAUAUAUAUAAUUUGCAUAUAUCUCAUAUAGAGUGUAUAUGGCUUCCAAACAGAACCAUGAAAUACUUUGGUACUAUACUUUUUUUUUUAUUUCUUUUUUUUUUUUCCUAUU